CUGAUUGGGCUCAUUGCUUCGAGUUGAAAAAUAAAUGCUUUGAACAUCUGUUACUCUCCGGCCAUAGACUAGUUACUUCUUCACAGAGGGCUUUGAAUACCCUUUAUUCUCUGGAUGUCACAGAGAAACACCAAAUCCAUGUAUUUUAACAUUACCUCAUAGUUCAUAUAGGGAUACAAUAAUACAUGUGUAGCCUAUUUGAAACACCUCUCUGAGCUUUGCACGCUUUCUCAAUUUAUUUUAAGCACAGUUGGCAUCAGUACCCUCUUUUUUUGCUUGCUAUAAAGUCAACAAAGUGGCUUUGUCAGCGACUGCAGAAGGUUGGAUUUAUUCUUCAGUUGCGUUCCUGCGGCAACAGCAGGGUUCUGUUUUUAUCACAUCUGUUUAAUAAUAACCAUGUGAGGAGUAUUUAGACAGGAGUGUUGGAGCUCGUCCCUCGCUCCCAGACCCAGGACAAGGUGGACCCAGGAGGGGUGUGAGCCUCAGUUAAAGCAUGCUGCUGUGGAUGAACUUUGACCCCAAACAAGCCGUCCAACUCCUCCUAUCUUGGAUCACGUUUCUUAUUCUCUCUUUUCUCUUCUUUCCUCACUCGCUCGCUCGCAGUUUAAAUGCCUCUGCUUCAAUACAUGCCCUGACAUGCUGAGAAACGGGAGGGGAGGAGCGGAAAAAAAGAGGACAAGAAAAACCGGAGAGCAGCUGAGAGGGUGGGAGGGUGGAGAGAGAGAGAGAGAGAAGGGGCGUGUGAAAGAGGAGGGAAUUCCAUAUGAGCCAACUGUACAGAGAGACUCCAGAAGAGAAAAGCGAGGAAGCAGGACUGUCAGCAGCAGACACAGAAGAUUUAGGAGUGGUGUGUGAGCGAGCGUGUCAGUACUGGAGUUCUGUAGCGGCAGAUACAUUCUAUUCAUGGUCCAUUUCCUUGUUUGUUUUUUUUUCUAACCUGAGGACCAGGUUGAGACGGCAGAGAGACACACCGAUUGACUGGAGGAACCUGUGGAGAGAUGAAAGGAUCUCUCGCCACGCACCAGAGUAUCCAGAGGACUGAUCCAAGUUGCCUACAGACAACUGGGGAGGAUUAAGAGACUCUGGGAUGGUAUCUGGAGGAGUCCCCAGAUCAUAACGUCUGACGCAGAACCUCCAGGACAGUACCCUGUCACCUUGUCACUGCCAGAGCUACCAAAGGUGUUGUAUAGUACGUUCAAAUUGAAAGAGAAACUAUAAGAGACGCUGGGGAGUAUGGGACGUUGGACCCGUGUUGGAGUGUCUCCUGGUUGGUUCCCAGGGGCCCGAUGAGUGGRAGCAGCCAUAACACCAGCCUGCUACGGGGSCGCCGCUUCUACUGCCGGGAAUGGGCCCUGGAAAAGCUCCAGCGCUGUCUGGAGGCCAAGCCCGCUCCCGGCCGGCCCCCGGGGAUCCUGGUAACUGGGGGUCCCGGGGCAGGAAAGACAGCUCUAUGCACGGAGGCAGUAUGGCCCACCUCGGACACAGGGCUGCGGGUGGGGCUGGCACCCCACUGCCUUGCAUUUCACUUCUGCCAGCGGGAGGAUGGAAGGAGCAUGGCGGUGUGGAGGUUUGUCCUGGGCCUAGUGGAUCAGCUGAGGGCCAGCCCCCUCCUCCCCCUGGGGUACAGGGACACACUGGACACCCCCUUGGUGGCUCCCACCCUGGAGCCCCUACACUGCCAGAGGGACCCGGAUGACACCUUCAAAAGGGCGGUGUUGUUGCCCUUGCUGAACCUCCCUCCCCCAGAGCAGUCCCUAUUCCUGGUGGUAGACUCCCUGGAAUCGGGGUAUGGGGCCGGUGAGGUGUCCAGCUGUGCUGGGGCUCCAGGGAGGAGCAGCUCUAUAACAGAGCUCCUAUCCAGUCACCAGCACCUCCUGCCCAAUUGGCUGCUCCUGGUCUGCUCUGUGCGCAGACAGAACAAGGCUGUGUGUAAGAUGUUCUCAGGUUUCCGUAAGCUGUGUCUGGACGAUCUGCGUAAGCCUGCGCCUGUGCGUGACGUGCAGCACUAUAUCCUGCGGAGGCUGGACCAGGAGGGGGCGCUCCGCCGACAGCUGACCCCCGAGACGGCCGACAUGCUCAACCUGCUGCACAUCAAGAGUGGUGGCUGCUUCCUGUUCCUGGAACGCGUUCUAGACGGCGUGGCGGGGGCCUUGGUGGGUCUCCGGGAGAUCCGGGACAUCCCCGGGACCCUCAACGGCCUCUACCUGUGGCUCUGUCAGAGACUCUUCCCCAGGGGCCUGUUCCUCCAAGUCAGGCCCCUCCUCAAUGCCCUCCUGGCCUCCCCCAGGCCCCUCACCACCCAGGAGCUCUACACCGCCACCUGGACCCAGGACAUGUCCCUCAGCCCUCUGGACUUCCAGAGCAGGCUACAGGCUCUGUCCACGCUGCUCAUCGACGGACUUGGAGGCAGAAAGCUCCUGUUCCACACUAGUUUUGCAGAGUGGCUGACGGACGUGAAGUACUGCACCCAGAAGUAUUUGUGUAGCAUGUCUGAGGGACACACCAUGCUGGCCAUGGCUCUCACCUUGCGCGCCCCACACCUUAACACAGAGGACACCUGUCAGAUGGGCUCGCACCUGGUCAGCUCAGGCAUGCACAAGGACAACCCUGCCCUCCUGGCCCUGUGGCUUUUGUGGGCUGAUGUGCCCCCUCUGACUAGGCCCUUUUCCCCCUCUUCCCCUGCCUCUCAGCCCCCUGUCCUGGUCAGGCAGGAGGUCCUCCAGCUGCUGAUGAAGAGUGGGGUGUUCCCUCCCUCCUGUGCCCCAGAUGGAGGCCCCAGCGUGGGGGUACACUGUGCAGGAGGAGGGGGGACCAUCAUCGGGCAGGCGCUGGAGAGGCAGGACACAGUGAGGGUGCUACUGGACAGCGGGGUCAGCGUGAACCGGGCCGACCCCACAGACGGACGCACCCUCCUGGCCAGUGCGGCCCAUGCAGGCUCAGCCAACGUGACCGACCUACUCCUGUUCCGAGGGGCUGACCCUCUGAUCAGUGACCACCAGGGCCAGACCCCCUUAACGCUGUCUGCCAGGCAGGGCCAUGUCAGGGUGCUGGGGAUGUUGUUGGACUGGGCCAGGGGGCUGGAGCAGGAGGCCGCCUUGGGGAUGGUGGAGCAUGCAGACAGCGAGGGCUGGACGGCCUUGCGGUCAGCGGCCUGGGGGGGUCACACCGAGGCCGUGCACCUCCUCCUUGAUGCAGGGGCGGACGUGGACGGGUGUGAUGCUGAAGGCCGAUCGGCGCUAAGAGCGGCGGCCUGGGGGGGUCACGAGGAGAUCCUCCUCACUCUGCUGGACCACGGGGCGCAGGUGGACAAGGUUGACCGGGAGGGCCGCACGCCACUGAUUGCCGCCGCCUACAUGGGCCAUCGGGAGGCGGUAGAGAUCCUGCUGGACCACGGGGCAGAGGUCGACCUGGCCGACGGAGACGGCCGUACUGCCCUGUCAGUGGCUUCUCUCUGUGUGCCCACAGCGGCUGGAGUCAAAGGUUACGGCGAAGUGGCCAGCCUGCUGUUAGAGCGAGGGGCGGACCCGGGGCACAGGGACCAGGAUGGGAUGACCCCUCUGCUGCUGGCGGCGUAUGAAGGUCAUGAGGAAGUGGUAGAACUGUUGUUAGAGGCUGGGGCCGACGUAGACGAGAACGCCGGGCCACACGCCGCCGCCGCUUCUGCUGCCGUCACCCCGCUGUUGGCGGCUGCUGCAAUGGGCCAUUCUGCGACAGUGGGCAGGGUGCUGUUCUGGGGCGCUACGGUGGAUGGCAUCGACGGGGAGGGUCGUACAGCUCUGAGCCUGGCAGCAGCACGGGGCAGCGUGGAGGUGGUCAGAGCACUUCUGGACCGAGGGCUGGAUGAGAACCAUAAAGACGAUCUGGGCUGGACCCCGCUGCACGCCGCCGCCUGCGAUGGCCACCGGGGGGUCUGUGCCGUCCUGACGGAGCGUGGGAGCACGGCGCGGGUCGGAGAAAUGGACAUCGAGGGACGGACGCCCCUCAUCCUGGCCGCGCAGGAGGGCCACUGUGGCACGGUGAGGCUUCUGCUGGACCGCCGCUCGCUCAUCGACCACCGGGCGUACGACGGCCACUCUGCGCUGAGCGCCGCCGCCCUGGAGGGCCACGCUGAGGUGGUGGAGCUACUGAUGAGGCGGGGCACGGACACGGACGUACGGGACGCAGAGGGCCGUCCGCUGCUCUACCUCCUGGUUCUGGAGGAUCAUCUGGACAUGGCUGCCCUCAUCAUGGAGAAAGGAGGCGUGCCCCUGGAGUCCCGGGACGGGGAGGGGCGCACGGCGCUGCACGUGGCCUCCUGGCAGGGCAACCUGGAGGCAGUGGGGCUGCUGUUGAGCCAUGGGGCGGACCCUAACACCCAGGACGGGGAGGGACGACCCCCCUUGCACUCCAUAGCCUGGCGGGGUCAUGUUGAGCCUGGUCGUCUGCUCCUGGAGGUCAGGGGGGUCAACGUGGAUCUGGCCUGCCGCCAGCAGGGGGCCACGGCACUGAGCAUUGCGGCUCAGGAGGGCCACGCCAAUAUCGUUGCCAUGCUACUGGAGGGAGGGGCCAACCCAGACCAUAUAGACAAGUACGGCCGCAGCCCCGUCAAGGUGGCCGGGAAGAGGGGCCACUUCACUAUCGUCAGGCUGCUGGAGAGCUACGGAGCCAAACCGUACUCGGUCCGUCUGCCCCCGCCCAACACCCUGUCGCCACGGUCAUCCACUGUGAAGAGCCCGUCCUCCGCCUGCUCAGGGAGUAACGUGGCCCAGGCAGGGCGUCAUCAUGGUGCUAGCACCUCCUCAGCCUCCUGCUCCCCAGGUUCCACAGCCGAGCAUUUCCACUCCAUCCAGAGCUCCCAGACAUCCUCCUCCACAGCCUCCUGCUCCACAGCCCACUCCCAGGCCACGGUGCAGACCGUCCCCGCUGACAGCCUGUCCUUCACCCAGCAGAUCCAACAGCACUCCCUUCCACGCUGCCGCUCCCGCCACUCCACCCUGCCUCCACCCGGCUCUGCCCGUGGCAGCCUGCACGGAACCAGCCACAGGGCCCAGUGCCCUAAGGCCAGCCCUCCUCCACCCACCCUCUGCACAGUCACGGCCAUGGUGCAUGACUCUGAACAGACUUACAAAGGCUACCCAGCAGGGUUCGACUAUCCCAGUAAACACAACUCCCCCAGCUUGAUCCAGGAGGAGAGGUCUCAGUACGGAGGGGGGAGGUGGAACUCUGUCAUGGCUUCUCUAGGGGUGACGCCUGGACAAGAUGGCCCCAAAAACAGGGACAGUCUCCCUAUGGGCUACCCUUACCUGGUCCAGAGCCCGGCCCAGAGAGAGACAUGGGAGGAGAACCAGAAGAUGUCUAUAACCCCCGGUAGUGCCUUAUCUCCUCCCUGCAUGGUGGUCAUGACGACCACGGACCCCCAGCUCAACCUAAAACAGGCCAUCAAGCUGCAGUUUGAAGGGCCCACCAGCGCUGCCUUAUACAAGAGGGAGACGCCCCUGUGAACUCCGACCUAACGGUUCUAGGUGGACGUGGAGUUCAAGGGUCCGUUUUCAGAAUGGAUAAUGGUUCUUACGGGGCAGAUGAGAGCCGGAAGGGGCUUCUCUCUCACCCCCACCCUCUCCGCCAACAGCUCAGCGGACCAGAGGAAGAAUGGAGAGACUGAAAGACUUCAAAGCCGUUUACAUUCCAGACUUUUUCCGUCGCCUGUUUUGAGCAGCUGUCACUAAAUAGCGGACACACACACACACACACACACACACACACACACAUUCCUCAGACACAAAGCCUUGCCUCUUCUCUUCAGUGGAGUUGACAUUGUCAUGAGUGCCAUGGACAAGUCGGAUGGAGAGGGGCUAUCGGUCCACCCUCCUGCUGAUCUACCACACAGAGACAGACCCGAGUGUGUGUGACAGUUCUCUGACACACAGUAACAGACCAGAGAGUGUGUGUGUGUGACAAUUCUGUGACACACAGGCCCAACACAGGGCUGUGGUCUCACCAGGGUUUGACGCUUAACCAACCAUCAAUGGACUUCUUCAGAAAUCAAACUUUUCUACUCUACGGUGGAUGAAAAACAUGAAUUUGAAGCCAGGACAGAACAGCCAUAAUAGACGUGUGAAAGGGUUCUCACUAAGAUGAGACUAGAUGGGCAAGGAGACCCACGACAACACACACACAGGACUUAAGAUAGUUUUUUUUUAUAUUAGGAGCUCUUUUUCACACCGUAGCUGUUUUGAAAGCAACGAUUCUCCUGCCUGUGUGAGGGCACGAUUGAUGCCUUGAUCUUCCUCCAGACUUUUGCUCUCUCUACUUUUAAAACUCCGAGACAUGGCAGGUAUUACCAGCUUGGAGUCUGUCGAUGUGCAUCUAUGGCGGCUUGGAGUCUGUCGACGUGCAUCUAUGGCGGCCACGAGCCAUACAAGUCAGCAGAAAAGACCGCAGUCCUACCAAAAGCCUGACCUAGCCUACAAUGCUGUUGAAAUGCUGCUAUGUUAAUGACAUUAACCAACCAGCAGGCGGAAUGUUCUUCUAGCACACUCUGAGUAAUGCUGUUGGAAAGGAACUGCUAAUGAUGACAUAAAUCUAAAGAUAGAUUAGAAAGAAAGACAGAAGGUAGGAGUUUAGCUAGCUAUUCAUUUUAAAUCAUUGAUCUGGCCUAAGUAGUUCCAUUUGUUCUUGUUACCAUUUUAUUCAUAUUUGAAAGCAAAAUGCCGUUCUUUAAUUAAAAUUGCAGACGUGCUGUAACUAAUGUCAAACACUG